AUGGCGGCGACGGCGACAAUUCCAUCUUCCACUCCGGCAUCUGCCAUGGCCUGUGCAUCCUCCAUUUCAGCAUCCGCCACUGCCACUGCAGCGGCUCUCGGGGAAGUGGAGGAUGAAGGGCUCCUGGCAUCGCUGUUCAGGGAUCGCUUCCCGGAGGCCCAGUGGCGGGAACGGCCCGACGUGGGUCGGUACCUUCGGGAGUUGAGCGGCUCCGGGCUGGAGCGUCUGCGGCGCGAACCCGAGCGCCUGGCGGAGGAACGGGCCCAGCUGCUACAGCAGACGCGCGACUUGGCCUUCGCUAACUACAAAACCUUCAUCCGCGGCGCCGAGUGCACCGAGCGCAUCCACCGCCUAUUUGGCGACGUGGAAGCGUCGCUCGGCCACCUGCUCGACCGCUUGCCGAGCUUCCAGCAGAGCUGCAGGAACUUUGUGAAAGAGGCUGAGGAAAUUAGCUCCAACCGCCGGAUGAAUACCCUGACUCUAAACCGGCACACAGAAAUCCUGGAAAUCCUAGAAAUUCCUCAGCUCAUGGACACCUGUGUCCGGAACAGCUAUUAUGAAGAGGCCCUGGAGCUUGCAGCCUACGUUCGCCGACUGGAAAGGAAAUACUCCUCCAUCCCUGUCAUCCAGGGCAUUGUGAACGAAGUGCGCCAGUCCAUGCAGCUGAUGCUGAGCCAGCUCAUCCAGCAACUGAGGACCAACAUCCAGCUCCCUGCCUGCCUCCGUGUCAUUGGCUUCCUGAGGCGCAUGGACAUCUUCACGGAGGCUGAGUUGAGGGUGAAAUUUCUUCAGGCCCGAGAUGCUUGGCUCCGUUCCAUUCUGACUGCCAUCCCCAACGAUGAUCCCUAUUUCCACAUCACAAAAACCAUUGAGGCCUGCCGUGUCCAUCUGUUUGAUAUCAUCACUCAGUACCGUGCCAUCUUCUCAGAUGAGGACCCAUUGCUGUCUCCUGCCAAGGGUGAGCACACUGUGAAUGAGAGUGCUAUCUUCCAUGGCUGGGUACUGCAGAAAGUGUCACAGUUUCUGCAGGUUCUGGAAACUGACCUUCACCGGGGGAUAGGCGGCCGCCUGGACUCUCUGCUGGGCCAGUGCAUGUAUUUUGGGCUGUCCUUCAGCCGGGUGGGGGCUGACUUCCGGGGCCAGUUGGCUCCUGUUUUCCAGCAGGUAGCCAUCAGCACUUUCCAGAAAGCAAUUCAGGAAGCAGUGGAGAAGUUCCAAGAGGAAAUGAACUCCUACACCCUCAUCUUGGCUCCAGCCAUCCUGGGCAGUAGUAACCUGCCUGCUGCUGUGCCAGUCACCCAGCCAGGGACCCUGCAGCCACCCAUGGUGCUUUUAGACUUCCCACCCCUUGCCUGCUUCCUCAACAAUAUUCUGGUUGCCUUCAACGAUCUGCGCCUUUGCUGCCCCAUAGCCCUGGCACAGGAUGUGACUAGGGUCCUGGAGGACGCCCUUGCUAAGGUAACCAAAGUAAUCCUGGCCUUCUAUCGUGCUGAAGAGGCUGCCUUCACCAGUGGAGAGCAAGAGCUGUUCAUCCAGUUCUGCACUGUCUUCUUGGAGGACCUGGUUCCUUAUUUAAAUCGCUGUCUCCAGGUCCUUUUUCCACCAGCUCAGAUAGCACAGACGUUAGGCAUUCCACCCACUCAGCUCUCCAAGUACGGAAACCUUGGGCAUGUGAACAUCAGCGUCGUCCAGGAGCCUCUCGCCUUCAUCCUGCCGAAGAGAGAGGUGGUCUUCUGUCUGGAUGAAAAGGAGCUAGUGCCGGAGCCCACAGCGCCAGCAUCAGAACUUCCGGUGGAAGACUCAAGGCUGGACCCCAGAGGAGAACAGAUGGUGUGGCAGGCCAGUGGGUGGGCAGCACGCAUCAUCCAGCACGAGAUGGACCACUUGCAGGGCUGCCUGUUCAUUGACAAAAUGGAUAGCAAGACAUUUACAAACAUCCACUGGAUGGUGGUGAAUGACUAAAGCUUUCCUGCUGUAUCUGAGGAUUCUGAAAACCGACACAAAUGUGUCAGCUUGGAGCCAGGCAUUGUCUUACUUGGCAUCAACUUGACUGACAGAAAACAGUGGACUUCCGAUACCUGCCGAACUGAGUUGGGGGAUGGUGUUAAAAAUGAUUGCCCCCAAAUGAUCUAUGAAAUAUUGCCUUCAACUUGAGAAGAAAAAUACCUCCCUGAAGGAGUGGACAUUUCCUAAUAAGCUUGUAUGGAGAUGAGUGGGGCUGUAACCACUCUCAGUAGACAUGACUUGGUAAAACCUAUACAAUCUAUUCCCAAAGCCAAGAUUUUAUAAUAAAUGUAGUCACAAAAUAUCUGAAAGCCAUAGCCGUGUUUAAAAAUUUUAC